AUGUCCACUUACAAGCCCCGCGAGUUUCUAAGUCCUGCCUCUUCGGGCCCGCCAAGCCCGUGGAAGAGGCGUCGGCUUCUGAGGGAGUCAGAGGACAAUGAAGGUGAAAUGAGGCUGGAGGAGUUCCUUUAUCGCACAGACCCCUUUCGGAGCAACACAUUCCACGGACAUGACAACUCAGAAAUGAAGACCGAAUUUCUCACUGCAGAAGAAAAUCCAACACGACAUCUUCGGCCUGAGAUCGACGCAAUCCUCAGUCAACACCAGAUACCCACAGAAUCUUUCCACCACACCCUAAAAGCACGAGUUACAGGCAGCCAUUUCUUUUUGCUGCGCGUUACGGUGUCAGGUGAUGGGUCAACCUUCAUCCGCUUAGGGCCUAUCAAAGACAGCCUUGUCAAGCUGCUUCAUAAGAAUUCCCUUACGAAUGUGCACGUCGAGGUUCUCAACGGAGACCACUUCUCUCCACCUCAUCUGUAUCCCAUUGCCUCAACAAGUGCAGUGGUUUCCGCCUUUCACACGCUCAAGCACAGUAUUGUGGAAACGAUGAGUUCUGCAGUGGGGGAGAACUGGCAAAUGAUUUGCCCCUUCAACGUCGGUGGCCCUGACAUUCGCUCGGCGCGACCUGGAAUUGUGAUUUUCGUCCAGCCACUACUCAUGGCCAACUGGUACGAAAUCCGGGCCCGGAUCAUCGAACACCUUUCAUUGAAGGUGUCACCUCUGCUUGUUGACGUGGAGUUUCUGCCGGGAACCCUUAAUCUCCUAAAACAUGAUCCUUCCAUCUCAUUCAGAGAUCGGUUUGAUGACAGUAAUUGGGUGGCGAUGGGUGAUUCAAUUGGAAUCAGCGGUGAUCAGAAUACUGGAACUCUGGGCGGUUUUGUUGAACUAAGAUAUGACGACCGGGCCCAUUUUGGGUUUCUAACUAACUACCAUGUUGUGAGACCAACAGCACACACUCCCUUCCGUGAUGAGGUUGAUCGCACUGGAAUUUCCACUAAUUUCCCCCCUGACGACCAAAAUGCAACCAUCAUCGAGUCUAUCGCCCAGGUGGACCGAGACCGUACACUCGCGGAUAUUCAGCACCACAGAGAAAGCCUCGCAUCCCAGAAGGCUCGGAUCGAAGAGACCAUUGAGCUGCGGCUUCUCGCCGGAGAAGAACCCAGAGAAGCCUCUCGGCAGCGGCUCCAGGACCUCGACGUCGCCGACGCUAGUCUGAUCCAGACACAAAAUGUUGUGAAGUCUAUGCCAUACGUUCUCGGCAAAGUCAGAUUUGCAUCAGGACUAUUGGUCCAUGGCAAACGGUUCCUUGAUUGGGCAUUCGUCGAGCUUACAACCGAAGCCCAGCAACGGUACUUCCGCUCGAACAUAGUACCUGACAUCCCGCGGAAGCAGAGGCCCACGUCGACUAAUCUCCUAUCUGGUGGAUCUGCAACCUUUCUUCCCCGGCCUAACAGCUCUAUCACGCAGUUUGGUGAACUACAGACUGAUGAGUACUACUUCAAGAAAGCGUCUGUCAGUGGAAAGGGCGACAAUAUGGAAUCGAUGGCAACCCAUAUCACCGAAGAAUAUGUUAUCACGGGUGUGGAUGGCGAUUUCCUGGAGGAUGGCGAUUCUGGCAGCUUCGUGAUCUCUGCCGACAGAGAUGUUGCAGGAAUACUAUUUGCUGAUGUGAUCCACGAGGGAAACCGCAUCGGAGUAGCUUCGAAUAUGCCAGAUGUCGUCGAGUCGAUGAAGCUCAGGCUGAAUCACUCCGUUUCUCUGCAUCUUCCUUGA